GGAUAUGUAUGAAACGACGAAUAUGUGGUUCAGUUGUUGGUCGAACAUCAGGAGACACGGAAACAAAACCACAUAGACUGUCGGAUGGAUCAAUAAAUUUAGAAAGGAAUGACUAUGGAGAAUGAUGAACUUCCGUCAGCGGAUGGGAUGGAUAAGCGUGGUACUAUAUCUGCUGGCUAGUGCGGCUGCUUUCUAUUAUGUUUUCGAAAUCAACCAGAAGUACAACCGGCUGACUCUGGACAUGGUGGAACAGGCGCCUGGAAAGGCUGCACCACCUGGCGAGCCGUCCUCAGCGUCACCCGCAUGGACUCACUGGUUAAACGUGCGUCUGCUGUCCUUUCCUUUUUGGGUAUGGGCUACCUUCCUACUUAUCCCUUACCUCCAGGUGUUCCUCUUCCUCUACUCCUGCACUCGUAUGGACCCCAAAACCAUCGGUUACUGCAUCCUCCCCGUCUGUUUGACAAUUCUCUGUAGUCGUCAUCAGACCUUUGAAAAGGCGUUCAAUCAGAUCAGUCACCUACAGCUGAUUGACACUUAA